AUGGCCCAUAAGGAUGGAAACGAGUCAGACGGUGAUGAAUCUCAAGGUCAGAUGGUUCAACAUGAAUCAGCAUCAAGAGAGGAAGUAAGGAUGUUGAGACAACAAAUGGCUGACAUGUACCAGGCUUGGAUGAAUGGGCAAGCUCCACCAUCUUCAAUCCCUGGAUUCUCGGAUGUGACUAUGUCAAUUCCCAUUGAAACCCCGACAAGUGAUCCACUUUUUCCUCUUGGAUUUGGUCAACAUGUUAACAUAUCCAACACUUCUGGAACUUUCACUGUGCGCCCUUCAAAUGCACCCCUCAGAAAUAACCCACUUUGCAUCCCCACUAUACAAACUACUACAAUCCCUCAACCAACACUGCAGUAUAGUUCCCCCGUCGAGAUCGAGAAAACUGCUAAGAAUGAGGGACAAGAAGAAAUAGCUAGAAAAAUGAAGAGUCUAGAGCAGAGUGUGAGGAAUAUGCAAGGAUUAGGAGGUCCAAAAAUCGUCUCAUACAGAGAUUUGUGUAUGUUCCCCAAUGUUCAUUUGCCCCUUGGUUUUAAGACUCCGAAGUUUGAGAAGUACGAUGGUCACGGUGACCCCAUAGCACACUUGAAGAAGUAUUGUAAUCAACUACGAGGGGCAGGGAGUAAGGAAGAAUUACUCAUGGCAUGUUUUGGAGAAAGUCUAGUGGGAAUUGCCUCAGAAUGGUUCAUCGAUCAAGAUAUUUCUAAUUGGCCUACAUGGGAUGACAUGGCAGGAGAUUUUGUUCGACAAUUUCAAUAUAACAUUGAUAUUGUGCCUGAUCGCACUUCUCUCGCCAGUAUAAGAAAAAAGCCUACCGAGAGUUUUAGAGAAUAUGCUAUCAAGUGGAGGGAACAAGCUGCCAGGGUCAAACCGCCGAUGAAGGAGUCGGUAAUGAUUAAUGUUUUCCUCCAGGCACAAGAACCUGAUUACUUCCACUACUUGCUUUCCACAAUGGGAAAGACAUUCGCAGAAGCAAUUAAAGUCGGGGAAAUGGUUGAAAAUGGCAUCAAGUCCGGCAAAAUUGUGAGUCAAGUAGCACUCAAGGCUACCACCCAAGCAAUUCAAAAUGGGUCUGGUGGUUUUGGAAAUCGAAAAAAGAAAGAGGAAGGAUCCAUGAUGGCAUCAGGGUCCAGUGCUGCUCAAAGGGGGACAAACCACCAAAUCUUACGAGGACAAUCCAACUCACCUCAACAUUUUUAUCCGCAUCAGGAUCCCCACUACUCAAUUGCUCCACCCCAAUAUACGGUUUUCAAUACCCAGGCAUAUGCCCGACCGCCUCAACGCCAAAAAUGGAGGGCGCCUGCUCCACAAGGCUUUUGUCCCCAACAAUAA